ACUGUCUCUGCCUGGCCACUCCCCUCACCAGAGGCCCAGGAGGCCUCCAUGGCUUCACCCACCUCCACCAACCCAGCACAUGCCCACUUUGAGAGCUUCCUACAGGCCCAGCUGUGCCAGGAUGUGCUGAGCAGCUUCCAGGGGCUAUGUGGGGCCCUAGGGCUGGAGCCUGGUGGGGGUCUGCCCCAGUACCACAAGAUCAAAGCCCAGCUCAACUACUGGAAUGCCAAGUCGUUGUGGGCCAAGCUGGACAAGCGAGCCGGGCAGCCUGUCUACCAGCAGGGCAAGGCCUGCACGAGCACCAAGUGCCUGGUGGUGGGUGCUGGACCUUGCGGGCUGCGGGCUGCUGUGGAGCUGGCCCUGCUGGGGGCUCGUGUGGUCCUGGUGGAAAAGCGCACCAAGUUCUCCCGUCACAAUGUGCUCCACCUCUGGCCCUUCACCAUCCAUGACCUGCGGGCUCUUGGCGCCAAGAAGUUCUAUGGACGCUUUUGCACUGGCACCCUGGACCACAUCAGCAUCCGGCAGCUCCAGCUGCUUCUGCUGAAGGUAGCUUUACUGCUGGGGGUGGAAAUUCACUGGGGUGUCACUUUCACUGGCCUCCAGCCCCCUCCCAGAAAGGGGAGUGGCUGGUGUGCCCAGCUCCAGCCCAACCCCCCUGUUCAGCUGGCCAACUAUGAAUUUGAUGUCCUCAUUUCUGCUGCAGGAGGGAAAUUCGUUCCUGAAGGCUUCAAAGUCCGCGAAAUGCGAGGCAAACUGGCUAUUGGCAUCACAGCCAACUUUGUGAACAGGCGCACCGUGGAGGAGACUCAGGUUCCCGAGAUCAGCGGUGUGGCCAAGAUCUACAACCAGAGCUUCUUCCAGAGCCUGCUCAAAGCCACAGGCAUUGAUCUGGAGAACAUAGUGUACUACAAAGAUGACACGCACUACUUUGUGAUGACAGCCAAGAAGCAAUGCCUGCUGCGCCUGGGAGUGCUGCGUCAGGACUGGCCGGAGACCGAUCGACUGCUGGGCAGUGCCAAUGUAGUGCCUGAGGCUCUACAGCGCUUUGCCCGGGCAGCUGCUGACUUCGCCACACAUGGCAAGCUUGGAAAACUAGAGUUCGCUCAUGGUUCCCGUGGGCAGCCUGAUGUCUCUGCCUUUGACUUCACAAGCAUGAUGCGGGCAGAAAGUUCUGCUAGAGUGCAAGAGAAGCAUGGUGCCCGCCUGCUGCUGGGACUGGUUGGGGACUGCCUGGUGGAGCCCUUUUGGCCCCUGGGCACUGGAGUGGCCCGGGGCUUCUUGGCAGCCUUUGAUGCAGCCUGGAUGGUGAAACGGUGGGCAGAGGGCACUGGGCCCCUAGAGGUGCUGGCUGAGCGUGAGAGCCUGUACCAGCUUCUGUCACAGACAUCCCCAGAAAACAUGCAUCGUAACGUGGCCCAGUAUGGGCUGGACCCAGCCACCCGCUACCCCAACCUGAACCUCCAGGCUGUGACCCCCAAUCAGGUACGAGACCUAUACGACGUGCUGGCCAACGAGCCUGUGCAGAUGAGUGACAAGACAGACGCAGGGAAACCAGCCGCUGCAUCAGCAGGUACCCAGGAGGAGCUCCUCCGCUGGUGCCAGGAGCAGACAGCUGGUUACCCAGGAGUCCACGUCACCAACCUGUCUUCCUCGUGGACAAACGGGCUAGCUCUGUGUGCCCUGGUGCACCGGCUGCGGCCCAGCCUGCUGGAACCCUCAGAGCUGCAAGGGAUGGGGGCUCUGGAAGCCACUGCCUGGGCACUAAAGGUAGCUGAGCAUGAGCUGGGCAUCACGCCGGUCGUGUCUGCACAGGCAGUCGUAGCAGGGAGUGACCCACUGGGCCUUAUCGCCUAUCUCAGCCAAUUCCAUAGUACCUUCAAGAGUACACUUCACAGCUCAGGCCCUGUUGGCCAAGCCUCUCCAGGGACCUCUAGUGCUGUAUUAUUCCUUGGAAAACUUCAGAGGACCUUGCAACGGACCCGGGCCAAGGAAAACGGGGAAGAUAUUGCUGGCAAGAAGCCUCGCUUGGAGGUAGAGGCUGAGACCCCAAGUACUGAGGAGUCAUCUGUCCCUGAGCCUGGUGUACCUCUGACACCCCCGUCUCAGCACCAGGAGCCUGGUGCCAGGAACCUGUGUGCACUUUGUGGGGAAGACCUCUAUGUCCUGGAACGCCUCUAUGCUGACGGCCAUUUCUUCCACCGGAGCUGCUUCCGCUGCCAUACCUGUGAGGCCACGCUGUGGCCAGGUGGCUACGGGCGACUUCCAGGAGAUAAACAUUUCUACUGCCUCCAGCACCUGCCCCAGCUGGACCACAAAGAGGAUGGCAGCGACCAAGGCCCUGAGAGUCUGGAGCUUCCUACACCAGGUGAAAUCAGUAUGCCACCAAGCCCCCCAACUCCCAGAGCCUCACAAGAAAGGGCCAGUCCUGUUCCAAACCCCAGCCAGCCCACCCGUCGGCUGAUCCGCCUCUCCAGCCCAGAACGCCAGCGGUUGUCCUCUCUUCAUCUCACCCCUGACCCAGAACUGGAGCCUCCACCCAAGCCUCCCCGCAGCUGCUCUGCCUUGGCCCGCCAGGCCCUGGAGGGCAGCUUCCUGGGUUGGGGCAUGCCAGUCCAGGGACCUCAAGUUCUUGUGGCGAUGGAGGAGGAAGAAAGCUCCUCCUCCAGUGAAGAAGAAGAAGAAGAAGAAGAAGAUGUGCCUUUGGACGCAGACACAGAGCAGGUCCUGCUGACCUUGGCCAAGACCUCAGGCACCAUGAAUAAGUACCCAACAUGGCGUAGGACUCUGCUGCGCCGUGCUAAGGAGGAGGAGAUGAAGCGGUUUUGUAAGGCCCAGGCCAUUCAACGGCGACUAAAUGAGAUUGAAGCUGCUCUGAGAGAACUGGAGGCCAAGGGUGUGAAGUUGGAGCAGGCCAUUAGGAGCCAGAGCAGCUCCCCAGAACAGCAAAAGGAACUGUCGGUAGAACAGCUGCUACAGCUUGUUCAGAAAAGAAACAGCUUGGUUGCUGAGGAAGCUGAGCUCAUGAUCACGGUGCAGGAGCUGAACCUGGAGGAGAAACAGUGGCAACUGGACCAGGAGCUGCGCAGCUACAUGAACCGGGAAGAAACCCUAAAGACAGCUGCCGAUCGGCAGGCUGAGGACCAGGUCCUGAGGAAACUGGUGGACGUGGUGAACCAGAGAGAUGCCCUCAUCCGCUUCCAGGAAGAGCGCAGGCUCAGCGAGCUGACCUUGGGGUCAGGGGCCCAGGGCUAGAAGAAAGUGGGCUGCCUGCCCUGUUCCCUACAAGGCCACCUCACCCCAACACAGUGCCACCUGCAGUGCCAGCCCUGCUCAUCUGGCUGCCUGGGACAGGGCCUCACUAUUUACAAUUAAAAUGUUUCUAUCAUAGACAAGUCUUAGGCUACCUGCAGGUGGGACGUGGAAGGUGUGCAAGGAAGGCAGAAGAUGGGUAGGAGGAGCCUUACAGUCGACAAUGACCCUUGGCUCCCAUCACUGCCUCUAUGUAUAAGAAAAAAGCAGAGCCAUUAAAGAGUCAAGCUUUA